GGAUACUACUACGCCGUAUCACCUUCACUGUUUUUUAAGAUACAUAUGUAACUAUACUACACCUUCGCAUACUCUCAUAUUCAGUACGAGACUACCUCAGCCCCAUGAGAUCUCUCUCAGUCUUCGUUCAUAAAGUAUCAGUUUUUUAUUUUCAGCUAUGUCCCAGCUUCUUAGUACUAUCGCCGUAUCAAUACCCGACCUUCUGCUACGAGUUACCCUACCCUAGGUUAGGUAUGUCUUCGCUAAGUCUAUAAAAAUUACCUCUUCCGGUCCCCAUAUAUAGGAAAGGAUCGCGUAGGAAAGAUUGUAGUCGGAAGCGAGGCAUGGGGUAAGGUUGCCAGUAUCGUUGUGUUGCAAGAGCCGCACCGUAGAGACCAUGAAGUGGAAUGUAACCAACACUCAACCAAAUAUUGGCCAAAUGAAGCAGUCACUCUAUGAUCCUUAAGAAUAUCCUGUUUUCUUCUUUGUUAACCGGAUUAUCUUUGAUUCAAACAACAUGGAAAUCUUCUUCAACUCGAGUUUCUUCCGCGAGAAUCGAGCCGCUUCGUUGCCAACACCGGCUCAGAUCCGCGCUCUAAACGGCAGGAACGGCGAUAUAGUCACCUUUGAUGAACCACCUCCCGUCAAGAUUGAGGCUCAAGACCAAGGCCAGACAUUCCUAUACAUGUCGUUAGUCGACGGAGACCCAUUGACUGAGAGAUGGCCCUGCAUGACGACGCAAGAACGGCUGACUAUCUGUGCCGAACUGCGGUCAGCGGUAUCUGCGUGGCGCAACUUGAGGCAGGACGAAGACACUUGCUACAUUGGGAGUAUACACAAGCAGCCACUAACAGAUACCUGCGUUACGCAGAGAACCUAUGUCAUCGGUCCCUUCCAAGAUGUAGAUGCAGUCAAGCAGUUCCAUGACACAAUGCGCAUCUAUAUUGCAGAUCCUGAACCCAUCGUGUUCACGCAUAGCGACCGCGUCGCGUGCAAAAUCCUAGUGAAGAGGAACAGUCCGAAAUUAGCAGCUAUCAUCGACUGGGGCCAGUCGAGAUGGUAUCCUGCGUAAAAUCAUGGACCCGGUAGAUGAAGUGAAGGUCUGGCAUCCUUUUCUACUCUUUGCGCUGCCGAGGUUUUGAAAUCAAUAUCUGCGGUGCUGCAACACUUAUUCUCGGCUUCAUGAUAGUUAGGAGUAUUGGCGUUAGAAUGGUAUUGGAUGCUUCUAUUUCUAAGUUUAUCAUAAGACAUUGCUUUAACGACCGACGGACCAAAUAACGCAAUAUGCUAUUCAAUGACUGAAAAUAGCUUUCAUGAUGUGUCUGGUAAUAUAGUAGUUAUGAUUUCAACUCCACGAGACCCCCUAUAUUAUAGAACAAACCUAGCACGUCUGGUGUAAUGCUCUAUGACG